CCCUCUCAUUCCUUUUUAUCCGACGAUUCAAAAAAUUCGAAGCCAUCCACCAACGAAGAAAAAAAAAAGGGAGAAAAAAAAAUCCACGCACACUUUGCGUGCGAGGCGAGGCGGUUCGAUUCGAGAGGAGAGAGAGAGAGAGAGAGAGAGAGAGAGAUGGACGCCUUCUACUCGACCUCGUCGGCGUACGGAGCGGCGGCGAGCGGCUGGGGCUACGACUCGCUGAAGAACUUCCGCCAGAUCUCCCCCGCCGUCCAGUCCCACCUCAAGCUCGUUUACCUGACACUAUGCGUCGCCCUGGCUGCGUCGGCGGUGGGCGCAUACCUGCACGUCGCCUUGAACAUCGGCGGGAUGUUGACUAUGCUCGGGUGCGUGGGGAGCAUCGCCUGGUUGUUCUCGGUGCCUGUCUUUGAGGAGAGGAAGAGGUUUGGGAUUCUCUUGGCCGCUGCCCUGCUGGAAGGGGCUUCAGUUGGGCCUCUGAUCAAGCUUGCUGUAGACUUUGACUCAAGCAUUCUCGUAACAGCAUUUGUUGGAACUGCCAUUGCAUUUGGGUGCUUCACUUGCGCUGCCAUCGUUGCCAAGCGUAGGGAGUACCUCUACCUUGGUGGUUUGCUCUCUUCUGGCCUCUCCAUCCUGCUCUGGCUGCAGUUUGCCGCAUCCAUCUUUGGCCACUCCACCGGCAGCUUCAUGUUUGAGGUUUACUUUGGCCUGUUGAUCUUCCUGGGGUACAUGGUGUAUGACACGCAGGAGAUCAUCGAGAGGGCUCACCACGGUGACAUGGACUACAUCAAGCACGCACUCACCCUCUUCACUGACUUCGUGGCCGUCCUUGUCCGGAUCCUCGUCAUCAUGCUCAAGAACGCGUCUGACAAGUCGGAGGAGAAGAAGAGGAAGAAGAGGUCUUGAGAGCUUCUCUUCCCGCUUUGCACAUAAGAAAAAACCACCGCGGCUAUUGCCUCUACGUAUUAUGACAGAGCCGCACUUCAACUGGGUUUUAUGGUGAAUACAAGUUCUUUUGCAUUUUGUUGAUACGGUGUGAAUCUUCUCAGGUUUGUCGUCGUAGUAGCUUUGCAAAUACUAGCAUGCUACAUGACACGGAUCUUUCUGUAAUGGUGGUCGCGUUGAUCGAAACGUGAAAACACAUCUUCAUUUGCGACUAAUUUGUUUGCCUUUUGGUGAUUGAUGAUGAUCCUUUCCCCAA